UAACUUCAAAGUAAUUCGCAGAUCCAACAUUGUUCAUUCACUUUUAAAUAUCAAAUUCAGACAAAACAACCUCGUUUUCACCAACAUACAAUCAAGAAAACACAAUUAUGUUUUAUCCUAUGAUUCUUCUUUCUUCCACACUUUCUCUUCUUUUUCUCUCAAAUUUUCCAGGACUCCUCCAGAAAAAUUAUGGGUGAGAUUGAUACCAAAUCCAUUGAACCAGUUCAAGUUGCACUGUCUUUCUUCGGCGAGUCUGGUGAUCAGGGAAAACACAAGCCUCCCAUGAGUGAUUCGGAGAACGAAAAGGAGAAGAGUGUUGAAGGGCUAAUGAAGGAUUUAGCCAACUGCAAGCUGCAAUUGGAAGCCAAGGACUUUGCAUACAAGCAAGUCCUUCUCAAAUUAGAACACUACGAGAAAAUAUCUGAGGAACUUUCCACUCUGCUGAAGCAAUCUGAGAAUGAGAGGGGGAAGAACAUAGAACAAUUUACGGGAGCUAAAUAUUAUAUAGAUGAACUUGAAUCAAAAGUGAAGGAGAUGGCUGAUCAGCUUUCGGAAACUGCAAUGAUCCGCGAGCAAAUUUUACAUGUCUUGAAUGAGUUGAAGGCUGCACAGGAAGAGCUGAUUAGAAUGGAAACAGAACUUGCUUCUGCUAGAGAUUUGCAGUUCAAGGCAAUAACAGAAGCUGAACUGAUGGAAAGUGCUGCGAGUAUGGAAAAGGAGAAGGCGGAAGAGCUUUUAAGGCGUGUCGUGGAGCUCAAUGAAGCUCUUCUUAUGUCACAGCUCGCCGAGGAAGAGAAGUGCAAUUUUUUGUCUGAGAAAGAGGCUGAGAUAGAAUUAGCUAAUGUAAAUGCAGCUCAAGCACAAAUGCAGCUAGAAGGAUUGAAAAAGCAAUUGGAAAUUACGCAAGAAAUGGAGAGUGAACUAUUAGCCAAGUCCAUAUUUGUUGAUGUGCUGCAAUUGGAACUGAAGCAAUCAGCUGAGCUACUUAGUUCAUCAGAUAGGGCUACUUCUGAUGCCAUUGAAGUUUUGAAACAAUUAAAAGAAGAUAUGGAAGUAAAGGUAAGAGAGAACGCGGAUCAAGCACUUCACAUUGAAGCAUUGGAAAUGGAACUGAGUCUAUUGAAAUUAGAACUAAAGAAUUCAAAUGAAGAAAUAGGCUGUUUGAAAUCUAGUGUUGAAACGCUUACUGAUGAGUUGCAGAGGGCGAAAACAGAGAUGAAUGAAGUUAAGGCGAGAGAGAAUGAUGCACAAGUUGAGAUAGCAAUGCUCAAGUCUGAGCUUCAUAAAGGGAGGUCAAAAAUUGCAGCAGCAGAGGCAGCUGAAGCAAGAGCCGAAAACAUUAAAUCAGGACUAUAUCUUGCAGUUCAGGAACUGGCAGUCAAAGCAGAAAAGGCGAAGAAGCAAAAUCAAAAGCCAAAAGAAGGAGCAGAUGAGGCAGUAGAAGAAUCCGAAUCAGUUUUUGUUAAUACUCAAGCUGAAGAGGGAAGAAGUGAGAAUGAUGUCCAUAUAACUAUUUCGUAUGAAGAAUACGAGUUCUUAAAAAAAAACGCAAAGAUGGAAAAUCAAAUUCCCAUGUCAUUGGUGGAAAAUUCUUAUGAUUUUGAAGGCAAUGAUGAAGUGGAAAUGGUGAAGAAAGAGCUAGAAGUCGCAAUGAUGAAAAUUGGGGAGUUCCGAAAUCGACUAGAACAGGCUGUUACGAGGGCUGAGGCAGCUGAGAAAGCUAAACUAGCACUUGAGGAUCAGCUAAGGAAGUGGAGAGAGCAAAGGCAAAAGAGAAAAGCUGCAUUUGCUGCACUCAGGGAGGAUUCCACACCUCAAGUACAAAACUUUCCAACAUAUGAAAAGUUACCAGCAAUAUAUCAGCCCCUAGGUAAAGUUCUCAACAUGAAGUUCUAGCUUCACAAAUUCUGUACCAUUUUUUGAAUUGAUAGAUUUGUUUGAUGUGUUAUAUUGACCACCACCCCCUUUAAAUUUUUUGUAUCGAGAACUUAUAAGCCUAAUGGCGGGUCUAAUAUAUUCCACUGUUAAUUUUGCUUGUGACUCAAGUCUUUUUCUGG